AUGUCUUCAUUAACUACCACAGACCAGUCAAGGGCCCCGGUCCCUGACCCCACGUUCCUCGCCGAGCUCAUAGCCGAGAAGAUAUCCCUCAAUUCUGCUCUCAUUUUGAAUCGUCGAGAGCAGCUUACAUCGACUCGCAAUUUCCUUGGUUGCCUUCACGAAAUAAACCUCAUCAAGGAGCAACUCAGGCAGCAGGGCUACUACAGGUCGACCACAAUCACGACUCUGGAGGAAGGGAACGAGUUGGUGGGACUCAUGCUGGAGGAUCUCACGGAGCUACGGGUUUUGAGAGACGAGCUCGAAGCCCGCAAGGAUGCUGCGAGCCUCCUGGUCAUGGAGCUCGAGAAGGGUAUUUUCGAGCUUGAGGAGAAGAUCAACCACCAGAAGGCGCUGAUUGACAACGAGAAGGAGAAGAAGCAGAGGAAGAGGGAUUGCCAGGAAAUGAUGGAUGCUUAA